CCGCACCCUCGAUAACUCGGUGGGCUGGACCACCCCCACAGCAGACCCUGAGCACCCUUGGCCCCUGUCCCAUUCCAACUUCUUGACAACCUCGAAGACCAGAACAAAGCCUUUCUUCACCCGACUUUCCCAUCCCACACUCCGCUUUCGACCUCGACUCUAAACUACCUACCCACCCUAAACUGACGACGUCUAAAUAUUGUCUACUCUCGCACGCCUCCCUACCCACCAAGCGCUCAAUGAUCGCACCGUGCCUGCAAGCUACCACUGUUGUUUGCGCACGGGCAGAACAUGAGCUAUCAAACACUUCAACAUCCAAAGAGAGAAGAUUCACCAGUCUUAGGUAGCACCGAACUCCUUGACAAUCGCGAUCAUCAAUAUCUCAACAACUUCUUCAACUCACUCUACCCCCCAAAAGAUGUGACCAACAUGGCCACAGUAGAGGGACUCGGGGGUGUUUACACGGCCGAUUGGAUGAUGCCUCCCGCCAACGUCGUGGCCCACCAGGUCACACUAGGAGAGCCCGACGACAACAUGUUCACCAAGAUGUUCGGCAUCGUCGACUUCGCCGGUCAACCGAACCUUGAAGAAGCGGGCACCUCCAACCUACAAGAGCCGUUACAGGAAUCGCUCCAGCAACCCCGCCGGCUUCAAAAUUUCGGCCAUACGAGUCUCGGGGCUACCCAUUCCACCUUGCAGCAGCACCAGCCUCAAGGGUCGACCAAUAUCGGUUUCGGAUUCUCCACCUCAGUAGCAACGCCACGGUUCCCGCGGGGCUUUUUUGACGCCCCGCCAACGCCGGACGAUGUUGCCGCCGCAGCUACCCUCGUAGGCGGCAACACCGGCCCCUACAGCAUGAGCCUAUUCCCCGACCACCAGGCUUUAGCCCUUGAGACGCACACGUCCCCAACCAGCCAAACCCAGCCCGGCCAUAUCCAACCCGAGCAGCUCCGAUCCACCCAACAAUCCACCCAACAAACACUCCAACAGAGGCGCUAUAACGAGCCCAUCGACACAGGGCUGUUCGGCCAGCACUUUAAAGAGAGCCAGCCUUCGCCGUUCGAUGUACGAUUCGGGUCGGAUCCAAAUUUCACCACGUCCAACUUUGUACCAGCCUCGGCAAACGAAACCACCGAGGCUCUUGCGGCCGGCCAGUUGGCAUAUCUAAACUGCCUAGAACCGAACCACAGCGCCGGGCCCACCAGAGCCGCCAGUCCCACCGCAUGGGCGCCGCCAUCCCCGAGCAUGGCUGCGGGGAACUCGUUACUCGUCCUAAACCGGCGCAGGACCAUCCCUCACAUCCCGCCGACACCCGAAGAACCACCAGCGAGGCGGAGGAAAACCAGCAAGACGGGCGCCCUAGCCAUGGCUGCCAGCCCAACAACCCCCGAACCACCGCGACGACGAUCGACCGCGACCACAAUAAACAGCGGGCUCGGACACGGCAUCCCCGCAACAAUACCCGAGCUCAGCGGCGGGGAAUCAGCCUCGGCGGCCGCGCCCAGCAGGCGGCCGCGCAAGUCGGGAGGAGGGAACGCGGGGGCCGGCAAGCGCGGCGCGCGCAAGAAGUCGCCGCGCACGGUGCUCACCGAGGAGCAGCGGCGGCUCAACCACGUCGACAGCGAGAAGAAGCGCCGCCAGCUCAUCAAGGGCGGCUACGGCCGCCUCGCCGCCCUCGUGCCCGAGCUCACCAUGAACGCCCUCAGCCGCUCCGACGGCCUGUGCCGCAUGGUCGACUGGAUCGAGAAGGCGCAGGAGGGGAACCGCGAGCUGGAGAGGUUGCUGAGCUUUGCGGUCGAGCGGAAUGGCGGGGAUGUGGCUGCUGCGCGCUCGGCUGCUGGGUAGGACCUUUCGUUGUUGGCGGUGCUGCUGCUGCUGCUAGAAGUUGUGAUAUUUCGGGUAUGGGCGGGGCGUUGUGGUUGGGUCCAUCUACGUGACUUUUUGUUUGGGUUUGGCUUGGGUCAUGGGCAGCGACCGGGAGAACUACCUACCUACCAUGGGAGGCUGGCGCUAGUGCCUCGGUGUAAAAUCAGGGUUUAUGUCUGUAUCGGUUCUUGGCUUUUCAACACAAGCAUAGCUUUACUUGUUGUUAUUAUCUUACGCUAUGUACAUAUUGUUGUCGACGACCUUUACGGUUCUGUCUCUGGGCUGAUGUGGUUGUCUAUUUAUUUUGGGCGGGUGUCGGCUCCUGGUUUUGAACAUGGAUUCCCAGGAGGAUGGCAGAAGUGUUUUUACGUUACAUCCCUACACGGAGGUUUUAUACCCAAGGCAACA